AUGAAUCCCGAAGACGAUGACCGGUCCUCAUCGACUCCCACCACAUCGAAAUCAAAUUCGGCUCAAGACAAGGAAAAGCCUCGGCUGACCGAUCAAGAGAAGAAAAACAACCACAUCGCUUCAGAGCAGAAACGCCGCGCUGCCAUUCGAGAUGGUUUUGAUCGCCUCACAGAACUGGUGCCCGGACUGGAGGGCCAAGGUCGCAGCGAGAGCAUAGUCCUUCAAAAGACCGUCGAUUUCAUGCAUCUGAAACUACAAGAGCGGAAAGACCUAAUAGCCGAAAUCGAAAGCAAAGGAGGACGAGUAGAUGAUUCUCUUCGGCCAUCAUAG